CAUAAGGCUGUCAACACGACCUUGUGAAUUCAGUAGUGGCCUGUCGACUCUCCCAGCCAGCCAGCCACCUCUAUCUUUCCUCACACCUCAUCAUGUCUACCAAGAAGGGUCUACUGGAGAGGCUACGAGAGGGGCCAGUUAUCGGUGACGGAGGCUACGUCAUUGAGCUGGAAAAGAGAGGCUACGUCACUGCUGGCUUAUGGACUCCUGAGGCUACUGUAGAACACCCUGAGGCAGUUCGUCAACUUCACCGGGAGUUUUUAAGGAGUGGCUCUGAUGUCAUACAGUCUUUCAGCUUCUUCGCUUCUGGUGACAGGAUUAGUGACACGAAGAACAAGUUUACGGGUGAGGCUAUCAAUCAAGCUGCAUGCAACCUAGCAGUGGAGGUAGCGAGAGAGGGGGAUGCCCUGGUGUGUGGUGGUGUGUGUCAGACGCCAGCUUACCGUAAAGGAGCCACUAAGAACGAGACACGAACCCUCUUCAGGAAUCAGAUGCAGGUCCUCGUAGACAACAGGGCUGACUUUCUCCUGUGCGAGUAUUUUCAGUUCGUGGAAGAGAUCGAGUUGGCUAUUGAAGUAGCCAAGACGUUCGGUCUCCCUGUGGCCGCCAGCAUGUGCAUCGGCGAGAAGGGUUCCCAUGACGACGUCAGCCUCGGUCAGUGCGCCGUCAGGAUGGCUCGGGCAGGGGCAGACGUGGUGGGACUCAACUGUCACCACGCCCCCAUGACGGUGGUAGAGAACAUCAAGACGAUGAAGAAGGCGCUGCAGGAGGCGGGUCUGGAGCCCUUCCUCUUAACUCAGCCCUGUGGCUACCACGUAGACGAGGCAGAAAAGAUGGGGUACCUGGAGAUACCGGAGUACCCGCUAGCCAUGGAGCCUCGAACUAUUACACGCUGGGACUGUCACCGCUAUGCCCGCGCUGCCUACGACGCCGGAGUGAGGUACCUGGGUGGGUGUUGUGGUUUCCAGCCCUACCACAUCCGCGCCCUGGCCGAGGAACUGUUACCAGAGCGUGGGGGACGGAGGGCGCCCGCCAUGGACAAACACUACCCCUGGGGCGGUGGCCAAGUCCAUUCUUUCUUUACCAUGAUCCGUCGCAGGUCGACGAGGGACUACUGGGAGAACCUGCAGCCUGCCACAGGAAGGCCCCGAUCAAGUGCUUUCAGCAAGUGUGAUACGGAUUAUACUGUAGUACUGGAUUAAUGCGUUAAGGUUCCUCAAGUGUUCCAUUAGGUGUUCCAUGGAGCAAAAGUGUUUCAUUAGGUGUUCCAUGGAGUAAAAUUGUUCCACAAAGUGUUCCAUGGAGCAAAAGUGUUUCAUAAAGUGUUCCAUGGAGCAAAAUGGUUCCACAUAGUAAAUUUAAACACAAGUCCUUAAAAAAGAGGUAAAAUUGUUCCAUGAUAAAAUUAUUAUUCUUAACCAAAAAAAUUUCACAUUAUUGUAAAACUGACAACAUUUACGAACAUUUUUCUCUGCA